AUCAUGUUCCCCUGAAAAUGAUGAAAAAUAUCCAAGUUAUGAAACAAUACAAGGAAUGUUAAAACAUGUCAAUAUUUCACAAUUCCAGAAGUUAUCUUCCAAUAAGUCAUCCAUCAUUUCUGAUUAUGAAAAAUCUCAAAAUCCCUCUCAUAAUGAAAUGAAUAAAAAAUUGAAUGGAGAUGAAAAUUUAAAAUUGCAAUAUCAUAGCAUUCAACAAGAAAAAUUCAAUGAUCGCCAAAAAUCAAUAGCUGAACACAAAGCAUUGUUUGAAGAAAUGAGUUUUAAAGAAAAUCUCCAAAACUCUGUUGAAAAACUCCAAAGUAAGAUGGACAAACAAUUAGUUUUAAGAGAUCAUAACUAUACAGACAGAAGCAGUAAAAAUGAAAUAACAAACAAUGCUCACAAAUAUCAAGAUGAUGCAAAAGAAGUAAAAGAAGAACUACAACAUAUUUUAACACUAAAGUUUCUAACAUAUGAAGAUGCCAAGAAAUUAGUUGAAUUUUUAUUUCAUCAUAAAAUUCCUUUGAAAAUAAAAGUCUUCAUAAUUUUACGCCUGGAAGAUGAAUGUGCUAGUAACAGAGAUAUUGUACGUAAAGCAUUUGAUAAAUCAAUGAUACAAUUAUUUGAGAGUCUCUUAGAGAAAUAUUGUUGCACAGUAUCUGUAUUUGGACGUAAAAAUGUACAGAUUGAAGAUAAAGCUCGGCCACCAAGAGAAUUAUGUCUUUUGAAUCCCCUUACUAAACUCUUUGCAAGUAUUGCCUGUUAUCCCCAUUCAAGAUUUCUUCAAGUGCAUUUAGUAUCUUUAUUAAUUAAUGCUGUGACUUUCAUUGCAUCCAACAUUGACAACAUUCAGAGAAAAAUAAUUCUUCUAUGCCAAGGAAAAACAUUACUUUGUGACACUUUUGAAAUGGACUCUAAUGCUGCAUCUCAGUUGUUAUCAAACUUAAUAUCAUUAAGACUUGAUGACUGGGUACACGGAGCUCAUGAAGUUAUUCUGUAUGGAAAUGUUGGUAAAGAAGCUAAUAAAAACAUGAAUGAAGAAAUUAUAAAAGUUCAACCAAACAUGGAUUGCACCAAAUUGGAUAGUAUACAGAAUAACUUUCCAGAAAAUUCAAUAGGAAAUGCUAAAAAGUACAUUACAGUGAUAAGGACAAAGUCACCCAGAUACAUAUUAAUGUAUUUGGGUGAAGAGUGGGAAGAACAUUUAAAAGAAAUAAGUGAUCAUAUACAAAAAAUCACUGAAACAAAACCAGAGAGCUACUUUAGGAAUGGUAAUGUUGUUGGAUUUCAUCAUGAUGAUGUAGAAUUUGAAAAUACCUUCCUGAAGGCAGUGCCAUUUCUACGUGGCCUUAUUGUUUCGCAGCAAAAGGGCAAUGUCCUCUUAUGGGCUAUGGACAUUGGAACAUGGGUUUAUGCUCGGAGAGAAAAACUGAUUUGUUUGAAACAUACUCCUCUCAAUUCCUUGGAGCCAUUAGUUUCAAUUGGCCAGUUG